AUGGCCCCUUCCCGACCCGCGCAGAACCCCAUGGAGGGCACCCCCCAGCACAUCCUGGACCUGCUCGACCGGCUGCACGCCGAGUCGCUCGCGCAGGAGCACGCCAUGGACCGCUCCGUCUUUGUCGGCGCCGCCACCGACGAGGACAAGAAGACGGCCGUGCGCGACAAGUUUAUCGCGCUGGACCAGGACAAGAGCCAAUUCGUGUACGCGCUGUGCCGCGCGACCGACGCGCGCACCAUUGUCGAGGCCGGCACCUCGUUUGGCGUCAGCACAAUCUACCUGGCCCUGGCGGCGAGCGCCAACGCGGCCGGCGGCAGGGGGGGCAAGGCGGCCAGGGUCGUGGCCACCGAGUAUGAGCCGACCAAGGCGGCGCGCGCGCGCGAGUACUGGGCGCAGUGCGGCGACGUGGUGACGAGCGCGAUUCAGCUCCGCGAGGGGGAUCUGAGGGAGACGCUCAAGGAGGACCUGGAGGAUGUUGACCUUUUGCUUCUCGACAUCUGGACUGAAAUGGCCCUGCCGACGCUCAAGAUUGUACAGCGCAAGAUGCGUCGCGGUGCCAUUGUCAUUGCUGACAACACCAGUGUGUCCGAGGGAUACGACGAAAUGCUGACAUAUAUGCGCAACCCAGAUAGCGGUUUCAUCACAAUGACUCUGCCCUUUAGCCAAGGCCUGGAAUUCUGCGUCUACCUGCCCAAGAACUGA